GUCCAUCGAGCUAAAGCUUUUGGAAGCUUUCUUGCCAAUGCGCUAUCGAAUGCCAAUGCGUGAUCGAAUGGAAGCUCUCCAUCCUUUUCGCUACCGGUCGAUCCUUCUUGCCGUAGCAGCAAGCAUAUCUAAGCGUUUUCUAAGCGCAAAAAAAAGGGGGAUUUUCAAGGGCUUCGCGUAAGGAGCCAUGGCGGAGAAGGCGUAUGGAAUGGCGCUGUGUGUGAUCUUGAUUGCUUCCAUAGCAGUGGGAGCUGCGGCGUGGGGGCGAGAAGGCCAUCGUCUCACUUGUAUGAUCGCGGAGCCUUUCCUUAGCUCCGAAUCGAAGGCCGCUCUGGAGGAGCUUCUCCCUGGACGAGAUUUGCCAGAAUUGUGCUCCUGGGCGGAUGAUAUUCGCAGAUCAUAUAGAUUUCGAUGGACUGGCCCGCUACACUACAUUGACACGCCCGACAAUCUCUGUGGCUAUGACUACGAUCGGGACUGCCACGAUUCUCGUGGAGAAAAGGAUAUGUGUGUCGCCGGUGCUAUCAACAAUUACUCACGGCAGCUAGAAACAUUUCAGGAAGCAAAGCUCUCUUUGCACAAAUCAUAUAACUUGACCGAGGCACUGCUCUUCCUGGCUCACUAUGUUGGAGACAUCCACCAGCCUCUGCACGUAGCCUUUACGGCUGAUGCUGGAGGGAAUGGCGUCCAUGUCCACUGGUUUGGACGAAAGGCAAACUUACACCAUAUCUGGGAUACCGAAUUUAUUGAUAGAGCCAAGCGUCUAUACUACCACGACAUUUUCAGGAUGCUUCGUAACAUAAGCAUGAGCAUAACCAAGGAAAACUUUGAUGCGUGGAGCAGGUGUGAGACCGAUCCAGAGGCUUGUAUUGACAGCUAUGCCACAGAAAGUAUACAUACUUCUUGCAGAUGGGCUUACAAAGACGCCCUCGAAGGAACCUAUCUCGAAGAUGACUACUUCUCAUCACGUCUUCCAAUCGUGGAGCAACGUCUAGCUCAAGGUGGGGUCAGGCUGGCGUCAAUACUCAACCGGAUCUUUGGAGCAAAAUCGAGCGAGUCGAGCAUCUAGAAAUGAUUUCUCCAAAGUGUGUAUGUAAAAAAGCUGACAUCCUUGACACAUUCUUUAGCUUUUACUCGUUGCAAGUGUAAGGAGUGAAGGCGAAUGGCCCGACUCUGAAGAACAUCUCGUUGUAAUAAGAAGUGAAUGGACGCAGCUUGGCACCUUGA